AAGCGGGGCGGGGUGGGGACGGGGCCAGGAGCUUUCUUCCGCUGGAGGACACCUUGAGUACGCCCUCGGCCCGACGUGCUGUACUGUCGGCUUUUCUGGUUCCACGACGCCAGGGCCGGUGUGACCUCCAUCGCGGGGCUGGCGGAGGCCUUAGGAGUCCGGCUGGUUCACAGAAGAAAAGCUUGGCCAGGCUGAGAAGACAGAAUUGGAUGCUCACUUAGAGAACCUCCUUAGCAAAGCUGAAUGUACCAAAAUAUGGACAGAAAAAAUAAUGAAACAAACUGAAGUGUUAUUGCAGCCAAAUCCAAAUGCCAGGAUAGAAGAAUUUGUUUAUGAGAAACUGGAUAGAAAAGCCCCAAGUCGUUUAAACAACCCAGAACUUUUGGGACAAUAUAUGAUUGAUGCAGGGACUGAGUUUGGCCCAGGGACAGCUUAUGGUAAUGCUCUUAUUAAAUGUGGAGAAACUCAAAAACGAAUUGGAACUGCAGACAGAGAACUGAUUCAAACAUCAGCCUUAAAUUUUCUCACUCCUUUAAGGAACUUUAUAGAAGGAGAUUACAAAACAAUUGCUAAAGAAAGAAAGUUAUUACAAAAUAAGAGACUGGAUUUGGAUGCUGCAAAAACAAGACUAAAAAAGGCAAAAGCUGCAGAAGCUAGAAAUUCACAACUAAACUCAGCUCGCCUUGAAGGAGAUAACAUUAUGGUAAAUUUCUCUUACAUGCUCAACUUCCUGCAUGUAAAAUGGCUGAAGAUUUGGGCAGAGGAAGUGACAAAAUCUGAACAGGAAUUAAGAAUAACUCAAAGUGAAUUUGAUCGCCAAGCAGAGAUUACCAGGCUUCUGCUAGAGGGAAUCAGCAGUACACAUGCCCAUCACCUUCGUUGUCUGAAUGACUUUGUAGAAGCCCAGAUGACUUACUAUGCACAAUGUUACCAGUACAUGUUAGACCUCCAGAAACAACUGGGAAGUAGGAAUCAGCUAGAUGAUGAAAGAGGCGCAGCUAAACAUUUUCCAAGCAAAGAAGAACAUGUAAAAAAGGCCCAAGGAAAGAGAGUAGUAUGUUUUCCAUCCAGUUAUCUUUGUAACAACAAUCAAACUUCUGCGACACCUACACCAUCUAUUUUACCAAAUGUGAUUGUUUGUUCUGCCAUGGCUUCAACUAGUGGCCUAGUAAUCACCCCUCCUCCUGCCAACCUCAAUGAUAUUAAGGAGUAUAAUGGCAGCAGGAAGGCCAGGGUUCUCUAUGAUUAUGAUGCUGCAAACAGUACUGAGUUAUCACUUCUAGCAGAUGAGGUGAUCACUGUGUUCAGUGUUGUUGGAAUGGAUUCAGACUGGCUAAUGGGGGAAAGAGGAAAUCAGAAGGGCAAGGUGCCAAUUACCUACUUAGAACUGCUCAAUUAAAUAGGUGGACUGUGGAAAGAUUGCCCAUCAUGACAUUGUAUUUAUGUACAAUUAACUCUAAAUAUAGCAGGUUUGAGUAUCUUCCAUGUUAAUGUCUUAUGAGACUGAAAAUACCAGCUAUCAGAAACUGGCCUUUCUGCCAAUAAAGUUGCAUGAUAAAUAUUUGAUUACAGAAUUUAUGUUACAACUUUCAUGCCAAGAAUGUUUUCUUACAAAAUUCUUUUUACUGAAGUUUCACUAAUAAGCAGCUUCUACUUUUGAGCCUCAACUUAAAGCAGAAGAACUGUUUUCUACUGAAUUUUUCACUAACAGCAAGCUUUUGUUUUAUGUAAAAUAAAUCUAUUGUGAAUUGAUAUCAGUGACUCAUUUUUUAGGUAUAAUUAAUAGCCAAAGAGUAAAAUUAAAGUUUGUUUUAAAACUUUUGGUUUAAAAAAGAGCUCUCCAGGAUAUAAAAAAAAAAAAAAAAACUACUCUGUUUUGAAGAAUAGACUGUUUCUAAAUGCUUCCACAAACAGAAAUGGCAGUUAUCCCUGUUUACCUUGUUUUCCAACAGAAAUCAGAUGAUUUCAGUACUAUGUUUUGAUGUGUUAUUUUGGGUUUGGUUUGGUUUGUUUUUAAACACUACUGGUUUCUUUUAAAUUUAAGAACAACUAGUUAUUGAAAGGCAUUACCAUAUUUCUCUGAUAAAUUUGUAGUUAAGGUUCUAAAAUAUCUGGUAUAAAUUCAGUUCACUGAAUGUGUUUUUAAGAUUACUCAGUUGGCACAACUUAAUGCAAAAUCAGAACUGGAUCCAUUAAGAACAUACUGCAGUAAAGAGGAUUUGUUCUUAUGGAACAACAAAUCUAUAUAAAAAUAUGGAUUAAUGCAACUGCAUUCAUUAUAAAGUAAAUUACACACAAAUUUUUGGUUUCUCUGAGCCUACUCUUAAAGUAUUGAAUUUAUUAAUGAACAUAUGUUAUCUUGAUCAGGAUCUUUGCUUGUGAAGCACACACUCAUGAAAUUAUUAGUGAUACAUUUAAAGCCAGAAAAUUGCUAUUUGGGCCAUGCUAUGAAUCAGCAAAUUGGCAGAUCAUUUGCUUGUUGAGACUUCUGUUCUCAUUCUCAUUCAUUCAUUCAACAAACAUUUGUUGAGGACCAGGUACUAUACUGAUCAACUGUGGAUACUACUCUGAACAAGAUACACAUAGUCUUUGCCACUGCAGAGCUUAUGACCAGUAGAGGAUACAAAAAAAUAAACCAGCAGUUGUUCCAUAACAAGAUCAGUACUAUGAUAGAAAAAAAUACAGGAUACUGUGUUUGGGAGUCACCUAACUCCAAAUUGGAGAGUGAGAGAUGGUUUAAGAAAAAGUGUUCCAGGUAGAGGGAAAAAGAUGUGCCAGGCCUUGAGCCAAGAGAGAACAUAGCAUAUUCUGGCAACUAAAAGUAUUAAUAAUUUACUCUGGCUUAACAUGAAGUACAAAAGUGAAGUUCAUUUAUUCAGGGAAUGUUAAUCUAUCAAAAUGAUCUUUUUGGUACUUUAAAAAAGUGAAUACUUAAACACCAUUUUAAAAUAUCCUUUUGUGUGUUAAGAGUUCCUAAUAUGUUGAUAAUUUAAUUCACAGUCCAAACUUUAGUUGUUACCUUUUUAUUUCUGUGCUGAGACAAAUUCUUCUACAAUUUUAAUAGUUUAUAAGAUGUUUUAACACUGUGAAUUGCUGUAUUCUUAAAGAACUUCAAAAGCUGCUCAAGCUGGUUUUUUUUAUAGAACCAAGUAAAUGAAACUUUUUAGCCUUCCCUCAGAAAAGAAGUUCUACAGCCUAGUGUAUUAUCUGUUCUGUUACACAAGUCCAGAUGUAGGCUUUGAAAGAUUGUACCAAAACUUCAGGUCAUCUUAAACAGCAACUUAUUUCCCAUAAAAUUAGGUUUAGGGGAAAUAGAGUGAUAAAGAGGAAAGAGUAUUAGUAAUGGAAUGAAAUGGUCCUGGAUUCAAAUCCUGUCUUCCUCACAUACUGUGCUCUUCGAGCUUUAACUCAGAUGUAUAACUGCCAUUUCUUUACCAGUAAAAUGAGGAUAAUAAUUAUGUUACCUUAGGGUGGUUGUAUUAUAUAGCAAAUGUUAUCUUGUAUUUCAGGUGCUUAUGGGGGGGGGGUAGUACGUAGAUUGGCACAUAGUAAACAUUCUGUAAAUACCAGUUUUCUCAUGUGAGUCCCAGUAGCUUCCUCACCUACUAAGACUGUGGGCCUUGUUUAUGACUGUGUACCAGAAGUACCUCCUUAUGUCUGGGCUCUGUUUACUCCCUAUCUGUCCUAUCCUCCACCCUCUUUAAAUCAGCCCCAAUCUGGGUUUAACCUCACCACAGUCAGUAUAAAUUCCUUAUCAGACCUUUCUGUUUUCCAUCAGGUGAAUGUUGAUUAUAGUAACCAGAUAACAGACAGAAGCCUUCAGUAACAAGUUUCAAAGGCUUCUUGUACUUUUGUCUACCAUAAAUCCACCAUAAUAUGUAGGCUUGCUUUUAUGUUUAUACUUUUUAUUUUAAUGAGGUUUUGUUUGGUUGGUUGAUUUUUUGUUUUAUUUUGGUAUUUGUUUAUUUUAAAGUCAUUUGCUUAGUUUUUACUCAGGUAAAGGCCCAUGAAGGUUCUUAGCCAUGAAAGAAAAAGCUUAGGAAGCGUAUUAAUUCAUGGUGCAAUUCAUAAUUAUUUAAAUAAGCUCUGUGCCCUCGAGCUUAAUCUAAAAGUGUAGUAACAUGUGAAAGAUGCACAUAUGAAUAAAAUAAUAAACUAGGAAAUAAUUGUAGGGCCUUCUACAAACAGAAAAAAGUGAUUGAAUUGUGUCUACCUUUGUCUUCAUAGUAAUCUAACUUUAAAAUGUCAUGGUGUUAAAACUUUUUUAGGGUGCUAAUCAGAAAAAUCCAUAUUGCAGGUGAGGAGGCCCCAAAAAUGGGAAUGUGCCUCACUCUGUGUAACGUGGGAAAUAAGAAACCUGAAACCAGAGGAUUACCAAUGUGGCUUAGAGCCCAUCCUCAUAGUUUCCUGCCAUCCUCCCCUAGAACCAACGCACAAAAUGAGACUGCGGAAGCUAGUGUUGAGGAGACAUUUCCGAGAUAAACGGGAGUGGAAGAUGAUGGAGGGCAGGACAAGAAACCGUAGACUUGUUCACCCAUAGAGGCCCAGCUUACCUCCAUGCUUUGUUGACUGGAUUCCUGAAAAUUCCUUCCCUGUCUCCCAAACACCUGAAAUUUUGAAAUAUGUUACCAUAGUAUAUAGCACUUCCAGCCUGGGGGAGGAGCCAUAAUGGAGAGAUGGCUUUAUAGUUUGGCCUACAGCCAACUUUGCCUCAACCCCUUCUCCAGAUAAGAUGAAAUGGUCCUUACCUCAUGAUGAGUCUCAAAUGUUGGGAAGGAAUUUCCACAAUCAUAACUGCCUUUUCUUCCAUAUUAUCCUAAUUAGAAAAUCUGCUUAGUAGAGCAGUGGUUCUCAAAAUGUGAGACCCCCAGACUGGCAAUAUCAGCAUCUCCUAGAAACUUGUUUAAAAUGCUAAUGACUAUUUCCAAGUGCUUUCUACCUUCAUUUGCACUUAUCUUUUGUUUUCAAGGGCUUAUUGAAUUAGUUUUGCAUGUGACAGCUGUUUAAAUAUUUUAAGACAAAAACGAGUCUUCUAGUCUUUACUGUGUUCUAGCACUAAUCAUAAUUGUAGUUAUAGUUAUUUUUAUAUUCUUGUUUAGUCUGUAUCUGUCAAUCUAGAAUUUAGGCUCCCUCAGACACAGACUAUGAUUUUUUGGAUCACAGUUAAAUUCCCAACUCUUAGCACAAGACUUAGAACAUAGUAUUGUACUCAAUAAGUAUUUGUUGAAUAAAAGAAAAAAUGCAAAUUCAUAAGCCUUCCCUAAGACCUACUGAAUCAAACUCUGGGGGUGGGGCCCAUUAAUCUGUUGUAACAGCCAUUUGAGUUAUUCUCUUGCACUCUAAAACUUGAGAAACACUGCAGUAGAACUAAGAACUUGCAUUUCACCUUUAGGCCUACUAUCUGACAUCACUUGAAAAAUUCUCUGCCUUCUUUUACCCUUACCAACAACACUGCUGUGUCUGGUGUAGGGGAACCUUCUGGUCUAUAUUAUUAAUACAAGUGAGUAUGGAGGUAAAAAGAUAUGCUUAGUAGGAAAUAUGGCAUAGAAUGUCAGUACUUGGUAGCUGUGGAGGGUUUCUAGAAAUAGAUCCUUUAGUCUGAAGAAGCAUAAGCACUACCACCAUCCACAUUUUCACUCAGCACAGUGCCUUUUAAUUGGUGACAACCAAUUAACAUUAAACAUGCUGACAAACUGUUAAAGUAGUAUCAGACUAAUGUGUACAUCCCUGUGCCUCUUAGGUUGCUAAGUUCUCUAAUUCCUACUUCAACAGAGACUUUUUAAGAAUUGUUAAUGCUUUUUUAUAAUAGAAGUCAUAGCCAUGUAAGCAAAAAGAAAAAUAUAUGGUUAAGACGAUAAAAAUCACCUGUAAUUCAACCAUCCAGGUAGAACCACUGUUAUUUAGGUAUAUGGCCUUCCAGACUCUUUUCUGUGCAUUUAUAGAUUUUUUUAAGGGGAUCAAAUUAUACAUACUGUUUUGUAACUUUUUUUCACUCGACAAUGCCAUGACUAUCUUGCUGUGUCAAAUAUAUUUCUACAUCUUUUUAAUGGCUGCAUGAUAUUCCAUCAUAUGUGCCACAUUUUAUUAAACUGUUGAAGUUUUAGGUUUCCAACUUUUCAUUAAUAAAGUGCUUUAAAGAA